CACAGAGAAAACCUAACAGUUCUGGUGGGUGAAAGCUCCAGGGAUCAAAUAAAAUGCCCAAUUUACUGAUCCCUGGAUCUUCAUCCCGCGCAUAACGGUUAGAUCGUCGUCCGAACAUAACACGUGGCUGAGCGGUCACCCAGCCGAGUAGUAAAAUCAUAAUUAUCACUCGAGCCACGCGCGUCCCGAAUAGCUGCCAAAGCCACGUAAGCAAAUCUCGUGAGCUUUCUUAAAUACUUUAUUUUAAACAGCAACAAUAAUCAAAAACAUUUACAUUGUUUGUCAAUUUUAAAAAAGUAAACUGACUCCAAUUGAUUUUUUAUUUAUGGCCUUCAUUACAAUUAUAUAUGAGUGUUUAAAUAUUUUAAGUGUAAAAAUAUAAACCACCGGCAUUGAGUUCUAACCUUAAGUUUUUUAUAUUCUGUUUACUUAAUUUAUCAAGAAAUUUUUUUUUUAUUAAUUUAAAUUUUUGAGUAGUUUGUAUUUUUGAAAUUUACAAUGACGUCUAUUGUUAAACUCCACGCUAUUUCUGGAGCUAUGAAUGAAUCUCCUCCUUGCUAUUUGUUGGAGAUUGAUGAAGUUAAAAUUCUUCUUGACUGCGGCUGGAAUGAGCAAUUUGAUGAAUCUUUCAUACGGGAAUUAAAAAGACACGUGCAUCAGAUUGAUGCAGUGUUACUGUCGUAUCCUGACCCACUUCAUUUAGGAGCUCUGCCUUAUUUAGUAGGAAAAUGCGGCCUGAGUUGUCCCAUUUAUGCGACCAUUCCUGUCUAUAAAAUGGGACAGAUGUUCAUGUACGACAUUUACCAGUCACGACAUAGUCUGGAAGACUUUGAUCUCUUUACGCUGGAUGACGUCGACGCAGCAUUUGAUAAAAUUACACAGUUGAAGUACAAUCAAAGUGUCCCAAUGAAGGACAAAGGCUACGGCGUCACGCUGACACCCUUGCCAGCGGGACACAUGAUCGGGGGUACUAUUUGGAAGAUAGUCAAAGAUGAGGAAGAAGAUAUAAUUUAUGCGGUGAACUUUAACCACAAGAAAGAACGACAUUUGAAUGGUUGCGAGCUUGAAAGACUGCAAAGACCGUCAUUAUUAAUAACAGACGCUUUCAAUGCUAGUUAUCAGCAAGCGAGACGUAGGACACGUGAUGAAAAACUCAUGACCAACAUUUUGCAAACACUACGUAGAGGUGGUAACGUUUUGAUUGGCGUUGAUACCGCGGGAAGAGUUUUGGAGUUAUCCCACAUGUUGGACCAGCUAUGGCGCAACAAAGAGUCGGGUUUAUUAGCUUAUUCCUUAGCGUUGCUGACUAAUGUUAGUUACAAUGUGGUCGAGUUUGCUAAGUCACAGAUUGAGUGGAUGAGCGACAAACUUAUGAGAAGUUUUGAAGUCGCCCGAAACAAUCCCUUCCAAUUUAAACAUCUUCAACUCUGUCAUAGUAUGAAGGAGUUGAGCAAUGUCCCGAGUCCGAAAGUUGUCUUGGCAAGUACUCCAGACAUGGAGUGUGGAUUUUCACGAGAAUUGUUUCUUCAGUGGUGCUCAAAUCCUCAGAAUAGUAUUAUAAUUACUAGCAGAACGUCACCGGGAACUCUGGCGAGAGAAUUGAUGGAGAUGGGGGAUAAUCGGAGUAUUACAUUGGAGCUUAAGAAACGUGUAAAACUAGAAGGAUAUGAGCUGGAGGAAUACCAAAAAAGAGAACGCGCGAAGCAGGAGAUGAUGAAGCAAGAAAAGAUAGAAACUAUCGACAUCAGUUCUGAAUCGGAAGAUGAAAUAGAAGUCGGUGGUACCAGAGGUAGACACGACUUAUUAGUCAAACAAGAAUCAAAACCUGGUUUUUUUAAGCAGAGUAAAAAACAGCAUCCAAUGUUUCCAUUUUUUGAGAAACAGAUAACAUGUGAUGAGUAUGGAGAAAUUAUUAAUCCCGAAGAUUAUAAAAUAGCUGAAAUAACCCCCGAGUCUGAAGAUAAUAAAGAGAAUGUUGAUGUCAAACCGGAAGAGACAAUUGUACAUACAGAGACACCUACAGAAGGUCCAACAAAAUGUAUCCGAAUAACUAGGACGAUAAAUGUCAACGCAUCCAUAAUGUACAUCGACUUCGAAGGACGAUCUGACGGAGAAUCUUUACAGAAAAUUCUGGCGCAACUGAGACCCAGAAGAGUCGUCUUAGUUCGCGGGUCUCAAAAAGACUGCCAAGUUCUCGCGCAACAGGCACAGUCUGUUGAUGCGCGAGUUUUCAUUCCAAGUCAAGGAGAAACUCUGGACCUCACUACAGAGACGCAUAUUUAUCACGUGAAAAUGACAGACGCACUUCUCAGGGGGUUGAAAUAUAUAAAAACUCAGAGUGGCUAUAAUGUUGCUCGGGUCAACGCGAGGAUCAACAGGCGAGAACGAGUCUGUCCAGAUUCUACUAAAGCUAUUACCGAUCCAAACAAUGAUGAAGCUAACAAAGAAGAAAUUCUUACUCUUGAGCCCUUGAAUAUUAAUGAGAUUCCACCUCACGAUGCUGUUUUUAUCAAUAAGCUCAAGCUGUCUGAUUUCAAGCAAGUCCUCACUAAAGCAAACAUUCCAGCAGAGUUAAAAGAUGGUGUCUUAUGGUGCUGCAACAACAACACCAUAACAGUAAGACGCGAUGAAGCAGGACAAGUUGUACUAGAUGGUUGGUCCUCCGAAGAUUACGACAGAGUGAGCGACUUAGUGGACGCACAGUACGUGAUAUUGUAGAGCUAUUAAAGUAAAUAAAUAAAUAAACUUUGUAUAUAUUCAUAUUUUUAAAUUGUAAAAAUAUAAUAAAGUA